CUUGAUCAAAUUCUGUCGACCACUCGUUAACAGGUCAAGAUUCUCGCUGAAAGAAGUCUCGCGGCUCGAGAAUUUACUACAGUCAGAGUAAGCUGACAGAGGCAGAAAAAGAAACACGAACAGAGGAGAAGCAUCGAAGAAGAGAAGGGAUGAGGCUUGAACUCUGCAGACUUUAACUUCGUAUGCUUUUGGCUUGGACGGUCAGUGCGCGCGGAACGCAACGCUCGAAAGCUCGCAACAAGCGGGAAUUAAUAGACGAAUUAACGUUAAAUGAGUAAAAGACAAUGGUCACCAGAUCAGAAGAUUCGUACCCGGAGAUCACUGAAUCCGAAGCAAAGGAAAAAGACAGGGGAAAAACCAUCGGCUUUGGCAGAUUAUUUCUAAAGUUCCUAGCUAUUUAUUGGCGAUCAUUCAUCGUGAUAAUAUGGCCAUUAAUUCUGAUCCCGAUACUGACGCUCGAGAGUGAAAAGCAGCCCCUUGCAAUGAAAUGUUUAUACGUCGUCGCGUUGAUGGCGAUGUUCUGGGUGACCGAGGUUCUGCCAUUGCCUGUAACAGGCAUGAUUCCGGUGGUCCUGUAUCCGCUGAUGGGCAUCAUGUCUACCAAUGAUACCUGCCUAUGUUAUAUGAACGAUACUACGAUGAUGUUUCUAGGCAGUUUGGUGAUCGCGGUGGUAAUUGAGAACUCCGGUUUGCAUAUGCGAAUGGCGUUAUUCAUCAUUAAGAUCAUCGGUUGUAGUCAUCGAAGGCUAACGUUAGGCCUCUUCUUCGUAACAAUGUUUAUCUCAAUGUGGAUAUCGAACACUGCCGCCACAGCCAUGAUGAUACCCAUAAUGGAAACAGUUCUAAUAGAACUAGAAGCGCAAGGACUCGGGAAUAUGUUCGUCCAGAUAGAGGAAGCGACUGAGGAGGAGAGCGCGGAAACGAAUAAAAGGCCGACGCACAGCACUAUGGUGUAUUAUCUUGUUGCGGCCUAUGCGUCCAGUCUAGGUGGCAUUGGUACUAUUGUUGGCAGCGGUACCAAUUUAACAUUAAAAGGCUUUCUGGAGAAACGCUUUCCUGAUAGUCCCGGCAUAAAUUUUGCGUCCUGGAUGCUAUACUCAGUGCCGCCCAUGUUGCUAAUGAGCUUCGUCACAUGGUUAUGGCUGCAGGUGAUGUACAUGGGUCUCUUCAAACCGGAGAGCAAGGAUGCUCGUGCCAUAGACAUCGGUCGGCAAGGCGAGCGUGUUGCAGCAGCCGUCAUCGAGAAAAAAUACAAGGAAUUAGGACCGAUCACAUGGCACGAAUCCUCGGUGGGUGUUUUAUUUAUCCUCGUAGUGCUCCUGUGGUUCUUCAGGAAUCCCGGAUUCAUGCCGGGCUGGGCUGCUUAUGUUACAAAUUUAUCGAUCAAGGAUUCAACCGCCGCCAUAUGCGUGACAAUAUUGUUCUUUAUCAUUCCAUCGAAACUCGAUUUUCUACACGCAUUCGAUAAAAAUUCACGCAAACGGCCCACGAAACCGUCACCCGGUCUAAUAACAUGGAAGAUGAUCAACCAGAAGAUGCAUUGGAGUCUGAUAUUCGUGCUGGGUGGCGGAUUUGCCAUCUCUGCAGGUAGUACUACAUCGGGUUUAUCGGCCAUGCUCGGUCAAUCCUUGAUCGGUCUACAGAAAAUCAAUGUGGUAGCGAUAUUGUUGAUCGUCUGCUUCUUCGCUGAGAACGUGACGGAAUUGACGGCUAAUGUGGCCGUCGCAAAUAUUAUACUGCCAGUCUUAGCGGAAAUGUGUGUGGCUAUUAAAAUACAUCCUUUGUACCUGAUGCUACCGGCGGCUAUCUGCUGCUCGUUCUCGUUUCAUUUACCGGUAGGUACUCCGCCGAAUGCAAUUGCCAGCGCAGCGGGUCAUAUAAAGACAAGGGACUUUAUGAUUGCCGGUAUCGGACCUAGCAUCGUCACACUCAUCGUCACUGUGGGGGCGUUCUCCACAUGGGGCACAUAUGUAUUCAAUCUGUCCGAGUUCCCCGAGUGGGCAACAUAGCAGUACUCGUCAGUAUAGUCUCUUGAUAUUUAUUUGCGCUUUGUGCUUCACGCCGAACGCACGUCCUCCACAACGGCAAGAGUACUAUUCGUACUGACGAUAUUCUCAUCUCAUUUGGAAAAGAUUUGGUCUCUCUAUAAUUGAUAUUUUCUUACAAAUUCCAAAGAUAUCUGACGCUUUAAAGGAUAAGCUCGCACAAUCGCAAGAAUCUUAACUUCCAUGGGAAGAAUAGACUGGAUCAUACUGUGUAUAUAUAUAAAAGCGAAAAUUAUCGUUGAAUAUGAUAAGAAAAUAACUAUAUAUUAGAUACUAUAUAUAGAUAACUAUACAUAAAAUAUAUUCUCAGAAUAAUUUCGCUAGCAGAAUGAUAUUAUUUUUAUAUGAAAUAUACAGAGUGGAGUAACUCUUGGACCAGUAACUCUCACCUCGAAUAUCUUCGAGUCUAGAACAGUUACGAAAAAUUUUUUCCUACAAAAGUUUUAUAAUUUCAAAGGGGCGAUCGAAUAGUGAUUUUUAUUAAUAUUAAUAUUAAUAUGUUAUUAAUAUUAAUUUAUAUUAUUAUUAAUUUAUUAAUAUUUUAAUAUAUUAAAAAUAAUUUAUAUUAUUUAAUAUUAGUUAUUUUUUUAUAAAUUUUUUAUGAUCAAUAUAUUAAUCGACAGUCUUGUAAUUUACCUUGCUAACGUUUUUUGAGUUCCUCUAUUGAAUUACGAAAAAAAAUAAUAAUCCGAUUUGAAAAAGUAGAGUUGACCUUGAGAUCUCCGAAGCGCCGCCACCCCAACGAACUAUGUUACCAUCACUCGAUGACUCCUUUGAAACUAUGAAACUUUUGUACGAAAAAAUUUUUCGCGACUAUUCUAGACUCGAAGAUAUUCGAGGUGGCAAGAGUUACUGGUCCAUUCUGUAUAAUAAUAUAUAAGAGCGAAUUCUCAAAUAAGAAAUCCAUUACAUAUGUCUUAUUAAUCAAAAAAACUAUUGACAAUACUAAUAUUUAGUCAAUCAAAAAACACAAACGUAUUUACUUUUAUAUAUAUAUCAAGUAUGUUUUUUACAAUAUACAUAUUUGAAGUCGGAAACUGAUUCAAUCAGCUACUUGCAUUUCAAUUUCUUAAUUCCUGAAUACCCAUAUUAAUCUGAUACAGCUGGUAUCCUCAUCAUGAAAAAUCGGGUUCGGUUAUAGUGCAUAAUUAAGUGAUAAUUUGUUACUAAUUUAUUGCCUUAAGCCCGAAUUUAUUCCUGAAUCUUGUCUCACUCUUUGAUUUAUUUAUCAUUCGCAAUAGUAUAAUAUAUUUUUCUUAUAUUUUUCCGCUUUGCAAAUGAUAUAACUUUCUAUUAAUGCAAAAGAUCAAGAAAAUAAUACUGACAAUAUACAUAUAUUAUUUUGACAAUAUACUUAUAUUAUUAAAUUCAUUAUAUACAGACUGGCCCAUCGGAAACGAAACAGGAAUGUUUUUUCAUUUAAUCUUAUUUGUUCGAAAAACAUUUUGCUCGCCUGUAUAUAUAUAUAUACACACACACACACACACGCGCACACGCACACAUGCACACGCACACGCACACAUGCUCACGCACACAUGCACACGCACACGCACACACAAACAGUUGACCAAACGUUUUUCGAACAAAUAAGGUUAAAUGAAAAAAUCGUUUCGUUUUCGAUGGACCACUUUGCAUAUAUUGUUUCAUUUAUAUUUUAAAUUAAAAUAUUCUAUUAUCUUUGUGAAGUUAACGACUUCAGAAUUUCGAUAUAAUUAAUGAAGUUUUGGCCUCUUUUUCUCAAAAAGUUUGAGUUUGUAUAAUGUUUUAAAAAGAGUUCUGUCGAUUAAAUAUAAAAAAAUAAAAAUCUAGAGAUAUAUAGUAUCAAUAUUACGUUCUUGUAACAUGAAAAUUGACUAUAACUUUUUUAUUUUAAUAGGAAUCGAUUUGAGUCAUAUUACUUUUCUACAAAACUCUUUGCAUUAUUCAGAAUUUUAGAAAAAACAAAAAUUCAAAAUCAGUUCUGAAUAAAAAAAAUUUAAUCUGGGAAAGGAAAAAUUGCUACUCUUAGUUUCAAUUCUAUCUCAGUUUAAAGAAUAAAUGUUAGAAUUGGAAAAUUAUGGUGAAAUAGACACAUCUUCAAACUCCUUUUUACAUUUAAUUAAUAGAAUUCAAAUUUUUAAACAUCAGGAAUUUUAAAACUCUUUAAGGAAAAGCCCUCUAUUAAUGGCUAGCUUCACAGAGGUCAAUAUAUGUACAGAAAAAUCGAUAUACAAGAUGUCUGAAAUAAUGAGGUGUCUGAAAUAAUGAGGCAUCAUGUAUGUGAAAUGCAGUGUGUCAUUAUAAUGAUAAUAGAUGUAUUAUAUUUCCAUAUGUAAUA